UCUCUACCAGUCUUGAUAGGCUUGACAGUCUAUUUGUAGUGAAGCUUCUGUUUUCUUAAAAAGUAUUCUAAAUUAACGUCAAAGAUAUAAAUGGAAUCUAUUUCGAUUUCGAUGGAAAAUAAAAAUAAUAGCGAUUCUCAAAGUAAAACUUUGAAAUAUCAGAAUUUGAAUUAUAAGUCUGAUUCAAAUUACGCAGUAAAAGUACCUCGAACUCUUUUAACGCCACUUGGUAUUUAUCCAUUACACGGAUCAGAUACAAGUUUAAGUAAAUUUCUUGUGAAAAUUCAAAUAAUUAUAGUUUUUGGCUUAAUGUUGUUUCUGCUAGUACCGCACUUCAUUUGGACGUUUUUCGAUGCUGAAGAUCUUAAAAAAUUGAUGAAGAUAAUAGCCGCCCAAAUAUUCAAUUCAAUAGCUUUGAUUAAAUUUUGGACCAUGAUCAUCCAUAAAAAAAAACUGAGAAAUUGCUUGAUUCAGAUGGACAAUAACUGGAAAAAUGUAUUGUGUGAAGAAGACAGAUUAAUCAUGGUUAAGAAUGCUAAAAUCGGUAGAUUCUUUACAAUAGCAUAUUUAAGUUUGUCAUAUGGAGGUGCUUUGCCGUAUCAUAUUUUCUUACCAUUGUCAGCUGAAAGAAUCGUUAAAGAAGACAACAGCACUCAAAUACCAUUACCGUAUCCUACUGACUACGUAUUUUUUGUUCCUGAAGAUUCUCCUGGUUAUGAAAUGCUAUUCGUAACGCACAUUAUUAUCAGUACGAUGAUUUUAUCAACAAAUUGUGGUAUAUAUAGUCUUAUAACUACUUACAUCACGCAUGGAUGCUGUCUCUUUGAAGUAGUUUGCCGACAUUUAGAUGAGUUUUCAAAAAAUAGUACAAAUGUUGCUUUGAAGAAAGAGCUUUCUUGGAUUGUUGAGAAUCAUAAUCGAGCUAUUGAAUUUGCAGGAGUACUUGAAAGUUCGCUUAAUGUUGUGUUUCUCUGUGAAAUGGUUGGAUGUACGAUAAUAAUUUGUUUUUUGGAGUAUGGUGUUAUUAUAGAUUGGGAAGAUGGUCAAUUAUUAGGUUUGGUAACAUAUGUUAUAUUGAUGACAUCUAUUUUCGUUAAUUGUUUUAUUAUUUCUUUUGUUGGAGAGCGUUUAAAAGAACAAAGCAUUAGAGUUGGUGAGCGAGCCUACGCAGCACACUGGUACUCUUUACCGAAAAGUUUUGCGUAUGAUUUAAUGCUCAUAGUGAUAAGAACAAGUCAACCAGUGACCUUGUCUACCGGUAAAGUCAGUGACUUAUCUCUUGCAGGAUUCGCUGGUGUUGUCAAAACUUCGGCAGCAUACUUGAAUUUCAUCAGAGCUGUUGUCUAAAGACUCGAUAGUUUUUCAGCCAAAUAGUCACAAAUAUUAGAAAGAUUUCAGUAUUUUUUAAUAAUAUAUAAAUAAAACUGAAUUUUCAUUUCAUAUAUAUGAUACGUAUUAUUAUAUAAUAAAAAAUAUGUUCUUUAACAAAAAUAAUAAGAAUCAUCAUAUCUUUUACAGAAAUGUACUUUUUAUUAAUUUUCUAGAUUUUAUGACGGAAAAUACAAUACUUCGAUUUUUGAUAAACACCUGUUAUGUGUAUCAACACUUAUAAGCCAGUCAGUUGCUCUAUUUAAUUUUUUUUUCUUAACUCUCAUUAUUUCGAAUAAAAUCAUUCUUCACGAAAAUAAUUGGUAAUUAAUAAAAGUGCAC